GAGCGAAGCCGUAUGGAAAAUAGAGUAAGCCCUUGUCUAGCAUCAGCUAAACGACCCUUCCAGAGUCUACACGAAUUAGAGUCAUUAAGAACAAACUGAAACGUCUUCUUAGUUCACAGCUUGAACGCCGUUUAUUUAAUAUAAAUGUUAGUUGGAGGAAUUUCAUUAAUUCUUUUAUUCUUUAAAAAUGUUUUCUAUUGUCACAGUUCAUGAUUCCAAAUAGCAAUAGAAUCGCAUUCCUGAUAUAGUUCGUUCUGUAACCACGCUCUCACCAAACCCUUGUUAUUUGGAUAUCUAUGCCAUAAGUGUAGGUAUGGAGCUGAGCUACGCGUUCUUUUUCAUCUUGUCUGGGAUCACUUUUAGUCUCUUACUGUUUCUCCUUGUUAAGUAUUUCCAUUCGCUCAAAGUCGGCGACUACUGCGAACGGUAUGUACUUAUCACAGGCUGUGACUCUGGGUUUGGUAAGAUGGCGGCGGAACAGUUGGAUAAUAUGGGUUUUCAUGUUUUUGCGUCAUGCCUUACCGACAAAGGGCAGGCCUUCUUGAAGGCACAUUGCAGUGAGAGACUAGUCACACUUCCUCUGGAUGUUACAGACUCCACACAGAUAGAAGAAGCAUAUAACAUCGUCUGUAAACAUUUACCCAACGGCGUCGGACUCUGGGCUUUGCUGAAUAACGCCGCUGUCACAACAACUGGACCCAUCGAAUGGGUUCCCAUGGAAACGUGCCGUUGGGUACUUGACGUCAACUUGUAUGGCAUGAUGGAUGUGACUAAGACAUUUCUACCGCUGGUCAAGACAUCGGGAGGCAGGAUUGUCAACAUGUCUAGCGCGGGAGGGUAUAUCUCUGUUCCUAGUAUAGGCGUCUACUGCAUCAGCAAGUUCGCAGUUGAGGCGUUUUCAAGUGCUCUUCGCCUUGAGUUGGAGCCUUGGGGAGUCAAAGUCAUCGUAGUUGAACCUGGUGGCUACCGUACCGAAAUGACCCACAAGCACAAUUUGAUUCAAGCACUAGAACAGAAUUGGAAAUCUGCUCCGGGUCGAGUGCGUGCGGAUUACGGCGAGGGAGGCUUUCAAAAAGCUAAAAAUGGCUUCAUGGACUGGAGCGAGUCAUGUAGCAAGGAAACUCAUCAAGUAGUAGACGCUUGUAUCCAGGCUGUGACGUCACAAAGGCCACGCCCAUUCUACAAAACAUGCACCGAGGCCUGGCUACUGUACUUUAUGACGGUUUUACCAGUGUGUUUGCAGGACUUUGCGAUUCGAGCUUUAUUCAGUGGAUUUAUCCCGAGGCCCGACUCUGUAUGAAAGAAAUGUAAUUUUUAAAAAUUUCCA